AUGGCCUCGUCGCGUUCUCGGCGCGCCGCGUCGGAGCCCGCGGCCGGCCCCGUUGCAGGUCGCGCCUGCAGCUUGCGGUCCGUCCUGUUGCCCUUCUGCGUGUUGGCCAGCUGCUGCGCGCUCCUCCUGCUCAACUGGACGCCUGCGGACCGCAACAACAUCGGCGGCGUCACGGCCUCGGACUACCUCUCGUACGGCCCCAUCGACGUCGUGUACACGUGGGUGAACGGCACGGACCCGCGCUGGAAGAAGGAGAAGGAGUUCUGGCACAAGCACUGGAUCGCGUCGCUCACGGGCCAGCCGCUGCCCGUGUGGGGCGAGGAGGCCAACGUCAAGGGCCGGGACGACUCCAACUCGGACAACCGCUUCCGGGACAACGAGGAGCUGCGCUACUCGCUGCGCUCGCUGGAGAAAUACGCACCUUGGGUGCGCCACAUCUACGUGGUCACGGACGGCCAGAUCCCGUCGUGGCUCGACAUCGAGUCGCCCAAGAUCAGCAUCGUCAAGCACCGCGACAUCUUCGCCAACGAGAGCCACCUGCCGGUCUUCUCGUCCCCGGCCAUCGAGUGGAACCUGGACAACGUCCCCGGCCUGAGCGACAUGUUCCUGUACUUCAACGACGACGUGUUCCUGGGUUCGCCCGUGCGGCCCGAGGACUUUGUAAGCCAGGCCGGUGUGCAGAAGGCCUACUUCGCGUGGGAGAUCCCGCUCUGCUCCAACCGGUGCUGGGAAUCGAGUCUGGCCAACGGCCGCUGUGAUAAAGAGUGCAACGUCACGGCCUGCGACUUCGACAUGGGGGACUGCGGCUGCGACGUGAACCCGCUGGAUGGAUCUGUGACGUGUGACCAGGAGAAGAUCGCCAGUAUUCUGGAGCACUCGCCCAAGCCGCCCAAGAUUGGCAACCAUUUGUGCUUAGGGACGUGUCAUUACUCCUUCUUGGGCAACGGAGUGUGUGACCGAUCAUGCAAUGUUAGCUCUUGUGGGUUUGAUGGAGGCGACUGCAGAGUCCAGAAGCCCUACGACCGAAACAGGCCGUAUGUUCAUGAUGACGAGGAAGAGGAAGGCAUGUCCCCGCUGGUGAAGGACCUGUGGUCGGCGGAAGUGGAGGCGAACCACACGCUCGUGCACGUGCCGCUGAAUGUGAACGCGACGUACCUGAACCUGACGGAGGCCUUUGGCGUUAAUGGGAGUAUCGUGAGCGCCGCGCACGAUAAUGACGAGCUCGUUCGCUUCGCCUCGAUCUACGAGACGGAAAUGGUGCUGUUGCUCGUGUUUGGUCGCGACUCGGAGGCGCGCCUGAUGACGAGCAGUGUUCAGAUUACUGUUACUGGCGAGGACGCUGAAGGAACUCCUAUUCAGCUUGACUUCUCGAUGGUGAGAGGAAAGAAUACUAUCGAGGCGGCUCUGAGCCCUGUGGAGGAUGAAGGCAGCGAAGAGAUUUCUGGUGGCGUGUCUACGUUCCUGAACACGAGCGUCCGGCCAAACCGCAUCCGUCUCCCUUUCGGCUUCCGACAAGCUACCUUCCGCAACGCCUUCCCAAUUAACGAGAAGGACGCAGAUGUGGAGCAGGCAGAAGGAUCCGAGGAGGGCACUUCGGACUUGUCGAAGGAUGAGCAAAUCGCUGCUGUUGCGGAAAAGCUGGCCGCAAAGGUGCCGAUGAUUGAAAUCUUCUUGCCUUUCAAUGUUACGGGAAAGAAGCUCGAAGAUGGAGAGAUUCUAAACCUUGGCUGGCAACUGGAUCUGAGGCUGCACAACGACGAAAAGGAUGUCGACUGGAGUGAUCACGAUGUCUGCCAGCUGCACGUUCCUAAGAAGAAACCGGUGGUUGCUGCGGCUGAGACUGCUAACUCGGAAACAAAGGACAGUGUCAUUUCCACUGGCAGUGGUGAAGGAUCUUCUACGGGAGAAGCAAACAGCAAGGAUGGAGUUGCCGUUGAUUCUACCGAGAAGGCGAAUGGUGAAAAGCCCAGCGAAGAGCAGGACAAUGUGGAAAACGAGGGGGAGGAUAACGAGAACACUGGUGUAACCAAGUGCCGUCUAGCAGAAGACAACCGUGGAAUUUUCGUCACCGUGCGUGUUCUGACAAACCACGCCCACACGGUGUUCUCGGUUGCUGGUGCUCUUGACGAAGAAGACGAAAGUGAGGCCGAGGCUCCAACAACUGCCCAUGAAAGUACCACGCCUUCCAAGGACGAUGAAACUGAUGUGGAUAGCAGCGAAGUGCAGAAGCUGAUGGAGACGUGGGAAACAAGUCCGCAGGUGACUGACGGCCAGGUCUGCUUCUACGACACGGACCGUGCUGAUCCUUGGCGAUACCGCUACUGCUUCGCUCUAGCCUUGGGCCACUAUCACUCGAAGGAGGUGGAGGUGGUGCACAAGCCGACUCUUUGGGCGCUGCUGCAUCCGCCGAAGCCGAAGGUUGUCUACACGCCGUACAUGGGGGGCGAUCCGGCUCUGAUUGAACUGCUCGACCGCUGCAUUGAUACCUCUCGCCGGCUUAUUGGAAUUCGGCCUCGCAUUUGCUACCCGAAUGAAGUGCCAGUCCCGCGUCCUCCGGUCAAGGAUGAAGUUGACGCCAAGGCAAAGAAGGAGGAAGAAGGCCGUCGACUGGCUUGCGAAGCCCAGAAGUGGCGAUUGGCUCAGCGUAUGGAGCGCGAAAAGGAGGAACUGGAGGCUCAAGCUCGCGAGGGACUUUUGGGCAAGCUGAGCCGUUUCUUCACUAACGUUAAAUCCGCUGUGGGGAAUGGACAUGUCGUCCCCACGAAUGAAACUCUGGAUGACAUCGAGUACGCGGAUGUAUGUGGGCCUGCACCUGAGGAGGUGAAGGAGAAGCCCCCGGUGACGCUCAAGAGUGCACAGGCUCACCUGUCGAAGGACACGUUCGGCGACUCGCUGCGCUUUGUGAAUAAGCUGUACAACCGCGCGUUUGGUAAGCCCAAGACAUCGGACCGACGUCGCGUGCCCUCGCACAUGCCGUUCUUGCUGCAGAAGUCGAUUAUCCGCGAAAUCAAGGACCACUGGACCAAGGAGGUGCAGGACACGUCGGCCCACCGCUUCCGCCACCCGGAAGACAUGCAGUUCAGCUUCUCGUACUUCCACUACCUGAUCAACCGCGCCAAGAUCCACCCGCACACACUGGAGGAGAUCUGGCGCGAGUAUCUGGACGCGAACCGCAACGGCAUCCUGGACGAGAACGAGGUUCUGACGGCUGCCAGUCUCGCCCAUGGCGAUGCGCCCCCUGAAGACUUUGUCAAGGAAGUCCGCGACUGUGUGCAGCCCGAGAAGCGCGAGAAGGUGCGUGAGAUCCCGACGGCCGAAGGAACGCUGCGUCUGAGCGAGACCUUGACGCCGUACAUCACGCUGGAGAACCUCGAGCGCUGCCCCUCAGUGCGAGACGCGCUAGUGAAGAACGUUCGGUACGAAACCAAGGUCGAGCUCAUGCCGGAGACGGAGGUGACAUUCCACAUGCUGAGCGACAACUACAACUUUGCCUGGAAGCAGAUGAUGGGCACGCGCGCGCGCCGAACCAAGUUCGUCUGCAUCAACGACGACAUGAAGCACCCGUCCGCGGCGGUGAGUCAGAUCCUGCACGAGCUCUUCCUGUCGAUCUGGCCCAAGCGCUCGCAGUUCGAGCUGCCGUACCACCUCAAGAACCGCUACGCUCACAUCGACGAGUACAACGCCGCUCAAGAGCGCCGUCAGAUCGCGGCUGGGAUCGCAGUCGUGAUCAUGCUGUUGAUCGCGUUCGUCUUCCGGGCCGAGCUCCGCGCCAUGUUCGGGUUCCAGGACAUCGCUCGGGCACGCGCGGCCUCGGCGUCGCAGCUGACUCAGGACUUCCAGCAGGCCCAAGACGAGGAGGAAGACGCGGACGAGAAGCCCAAGGCGAACACAAAUCCGACCUCACCCAAGAACAAACGACGCUCGAGGAAGGCGUCGGCCUAG